AUAAGGUCCAAAACACGUGCCGUGAGAAAAAUCCUCAAAAGUUUUCCCUUAUCUCUUGGUUUUUCUUGUAUCUUUUUAUUAUUGAAAACUCCCCACAAACGAGGGUUAGUAGGACUGCUAGUCGUCGUAACCAAGAGAGCUCAAGUUGAGGGAGAGAUUGAGGGAUGGAGGAGUCAUGGAAAGGGCAUGUACUCCUAGUUCCAUAUCCAGGCCAAGGCCAUAUAAAUCCCAUGAUGCAAUUCUCAAGGCGUUUGAUCUCCAAAGGGCUCAAAGCCACUCUUGUAAACUCCAUUUUCAUUGCCAAGUCUAUGAAGCUCGGCUCCUCAAUCGGCCCUGUCCAUCUUGAUGUAAUUUCUGACGGUUUUGAUGAGGAAGGCUUUCCAACAGGUGGUUCUAGUGAACUCUAUCUCGAAAAGCUAGAGGCAGCAGGUUCAAAAACCCUAUCUGAACUUAUUGUCAAGUAUCGAAGCACACCAUACCCUAUUGAUUGUGUCAUCUAUGAGCCUUUCUUGCAUUGGGUCUUGGAUGUUGCUAAGGAUUUCGGGGUCAUGGGAGCUGCCUUUUUCACUCAACCUUGUGUUGUUGAUUAUAUUUAUUACAACAUUCAGCAUGGAUUGCUGAGUUUGCCAAUUACUUCAGCACCUGUUUCCAUUCCUGGAUUGCCUCUUCUUGAGCCUCGAGACAUGCCAUCCUUUAUCAACGUCCCUGGCUCGUAUCCUGCUUACUUCAAGAUGUUGCUGGACCAGUUUUCCAAUACAGACAAAGUUGAUUACAUUCUUAUCAACACUUUCUACAAGCUAGAGGCUGAGGCAGUGGAUACAAUAUCAAAAGUCUGCCCAACAUUGACAAUUGGACCAACAGUUCCAUCAAGAUACUUGGACAAGCGUAUUGAAGACGAUGAUUACUAUAAUCUUGAUCUCUUUACAUUACACGCAUCUAUUUCCACCAAUUGGAUCAGCAAUAAACCGCCAAGGUCAGUUGUAUAUGUGGCCUUUGGUAGCAUUUCUAACCUAUGUGAGAAGCAAAUUGAAGAACUUUCUUGGGGCUUAAAGAAUAGUAAUUACUAUUUCUUGUGGGUAAUAAGGGAAUCUGGGCAAAUCAAUCUCCCCAAAACAUUUAUGGAAGACUUAGGUGAAAAGGGUUGUGUGGUGGGGUGGAGUCCUCAAGUUAGGAUGCUAGCAAACGAAGCUGUGGGAUGUUUUCUUACACAUUGCGGUUGGAACUCAACAAUUGAGGCAUUGAGUCUUGGCAUGCCAAUGGUGGCAAUGCCACAGUGGACUGACCAGCCACCAAACGCCAAGCUGGUAGAGGAUGCUUGGAAGGUGGGAAUUAGAGUUAAGGUUGAUGAGGAAGGAAUUGUGCCAAGAGAUGAGAUUGAGUGUUGUAUCAAGGAAGUGAUGGAGGGAGAGAAGGGCGAAGAGAUGAAAAAGAAUGCUAAGAAAUGGAGAGAGUUAGCUAUUGAGGCUGUUAGUGAAGGUGGUUCUUCCGACAAGAACAUUGAUGAAUUGGUAUCUAAGAUUAUAAAAUUCAAGAAUUGAAUUGCAGCUUAUACUGUAUCAAACAUGAAACUGGGACAAAGCCACAGACACAAUCCACAUCUGUUGAGAGAGGACCCUGUUUUUCUGUAUCCUUCCUCCUCUGGACUGUGAUGUGCAUGCUGAUUUUCUUGGGAUUUCCCGUCUUCUUGUCUCAAAAUUUUUCAUGUUUACUUGAAUUUUCAUAUUUAAUUAUGUUUUAUUAAGAAAACUAGAUAGAUAAAUAAAAAA